AUGCGAGAAGUCAACCACUUCCUGUUGGAGCUCAAGAACGGUAGCGAGAGCCGUGGCGAAGGAGUCAUCUGUGAGAUUCCCCAUUCGGCGCCGGCAAACGAAGUACGCGCGGGAUCCGGCUUAGGUCCAUCGUCCGCGGAGAACACCGGCUUGGACCCCUUGCAGAGUGCAUCCCCGGAUACGAAGGGUGGUCGCCAACUCCUGCUCGACGCGGCUCUUGAGGCGAUGAAGGUUGCCGAGGACCCUUCUACGAAAGGCGACAGAGUGCUCAUGGCGAGAAGCUUCCACACGGCCACGGUGUACCUAGAGGUCUUGAGCUCGUUCAACGCUCUCGGUCCAGAACACGAGCGGCAGCUCCAGUACACCAAGUGGCGCACGUACCAGUGCUCUCACCUGCUGGAGAACAUCAAGCACGAGUUCCUAGAGACGGAGGGCAGGGUGGACGACCACUACUUCUUGGAAAAGGACAAGGAGCUUGGGCGGGGCACUUACGGGAGGGUGAUCCAAGCGACACAUAGAGGAACGGGCCGCCAGUACGCUUGCAAGGUGGUGCACGUUACCCGCAUGGAGCCCCGUCAGGUUUCGAAGCUCUUCUCCGAGGUGUCGGUGUUACGCGAGCUCGAUCAUCCGCACAUCGUGCGAAUGCGCCAAGUUUUCUACUCCAAGCGGCACAUCUACAUGAUCAUGGACCUUGCCACGGGAGGCGAACUAUUCCACCUCGUCACCAAGAACCCAGGAGACUGCGCCACGGAGCCGGAGAUCAGGAGAAUGCUCACCAAUAUGCUCAGCGCCGUGGGCUACAUGCACCGCCACGGCAUCGUCCAUCGCGACCUGAAGCUGGAGAACUGGCUGAUGCAGACGCCGGGGGACACGACCGCCGUCAAGCUGAUCGACUUCGGCCUCUCCAAGCACUUCACGCUGGACCAGAACAUGCAGCAAGCGGUGGGGUCCACGUACUACGUCGCCCCAGAGGUCUUGCAAGGCUCUUACGGUCCUAAGUGCGACAUGUGGAGCAUGGGUGUGAUCGCGUACAUGAUGGUCUCCGGUGCGCCGCCUUUCUGGGGAAACGGCGAUGCGCAGGUCCGCGCGAAGAUCGUGUGCGGGGAGUACGACAUGCCCGAUGUGUUGUUCCAGCACAUCUCUUCCGACGCGAAAGACUUCAUCACCAAGCUCCUCGUGGUGGACCCGAAGGAGCGGCUGAGCGCCGAGCAGGCUCUCGCGCACCCUUGGCUUCGCCGGCCUUCAAGCUCCUUAGCAGACGUGGGCACGGCUAAGCGAGGCAGCCCUCCACGGCGCCUGUUCGCUGGGUGCACCUCGGUAUACGUGGGGGGGUAUGUGGGCGCCGAAGCACCGUGCGUCCUUGGGCCUUUCGGAGGUCCGUCUAGUACAGUUGUUGAGUCCGUGUCCGCCGGGCAGCACAGCCGACGUGCACUAACUGCCCCCCGCUCGCCCGCCCGUUGUGUGCUCAUUGUCACCACGGGGUGA